CGAGAUUGUGUCACUAUUAAAUCCCGUUUGCUUUGUCCUCAUUCCAUAAACAAAUCUUUGGGUGGCUUGGCGACGAGGUUAAUAGCUCCUCAGUUCCAGUAACUUUGGAGAAUAUCUCGAUAAGGAGGAAUACUAAUGCAGAAGUAGGUCGCUUCACGCUGAUGUUCAACGCCAUACGUUCGGACAUUGCUAUCAUUCAACCGUGAGCAAUCCACGACGUGGCAUUGAAGUCGUGUUUAAACACCACUAGUGCAAACAACGCCGUUGAGUGUUCACCAUGUCUUCCAAAAGGAUCUUCAACAUAAUCGUAGUGACUUCCACAUUCUGGUUCUCGGUGACCGUGCUAGUUCUUAUGUUUAAUAGCGAAGUCACGCGGGAAUCACUCACCAUGUUGAACGCUCCUGUAGUUUUGGACAGCGAAAAUCACCAUUAUAUGAAAGGAGCUGGAGUGAAUCCCUUACAGCCAGUCGAUCAUCAAAAGCACAUUAAAUAUCCUUGGGAAAGAGACGCUUCUGAGAAACCCGCGAACAAAGAUGGGCUUCUACUUGGAGCUGCGAAAGCUGUCAGUGUUUUAGCCCAUGUACUUCCGAAUAAAAAGGAUCGAGAUGUUUAUGACGCUAGCUUAGCUAAACGAACCAAUCCAGGUGGUUUAGGAGAGGCCGGUCAACCGGCGUAUCUAACGUCUGAACAAGACAAAAAGCUUGCAGAGGAACGAUUUGGCGAUCACUCGUUCAACUGGGUCCUUAGCGAUAAAAUUUCAUUGGAUAGAACUUUAGAGGAUGUAAGGGGCGACCGAACGAUGCAGUGUCACACUUUCUUUGCAGAGAGACUUGGCAAACCACUGGACGACCACGUGUCUACAAUGAGUAAAGUCACAGUGAUAAGGAACACCAAACGCGAGGGGCUGGUACGUGCACGCUUAAAGGGUGCCCAUGCCGCCAAGGGUGAAGUUCUUACAUUUCUUGACUCGCAUUGCGAGGCGACCCCUGGCUGGGUGGAGCCUCUGUUGGGACGAAUAGCAGAAUCACGCUCCAAUGUGGUGUGCCCAGCCAUCGAGGUUAUAAAUGCCGAUACGUUUGCGUACCAAGGAUCUGCAAACGCUGACCAGAGGGGUGGGUUUGGCUGGGAUUUGUUUUUUAAAUGGAAAGGGAUUCCCCCAGAAGAACAGAAGCUACGAAAGGAUAGCACCGACCCAAUCCGGACUCCUACAAUGGCGGGCGGGUUAUUUUCCAUCCACAGGCAGUAUUUCUUCGAUCUUGGUUCGUAUGAUGAAGAGAUGGACAUCUGGGGAGGAGAAAAUCUCGAACUCUCCUUCAGGGUCUGGAUGUGUGGAGGACGCCUGGAAAUAGUGCCAUGCUCACGUGUUGGUCACGUGUUCCGUAAGUACACAAGUCCAUACAAAUUCCCGGAUGGAGUGGAGAAAACGCUCAACAAGAACUUCAAUCGGCUGGCAGAAGUGUGGAUGGACGAAUACAAAGAGCUUUACUACAACAAGAAGCCGCAGGCACGAAACAUGGAAUACGGAGACAUCAGCAAGCGUGUAGAGUUAAGAAAAAGGCUAGGUUGCAAGAGCUUUAAAUGGUACAUAGAAAAUGUGUACCCGGAUGUUCAGAUGCCUGAGUUGAAUCCGCCUGCUAGUGGUGAGGUUCGAAAUCCUGCCAGUGGAUACUGUUUGGAUUCCCUUGGAGCUAAACCCGAGCACUCAGCCCGGAUGGGAGUAUAUGUUUGUCACGGACAAGGGGGAAAUCAGAUGCUGAUUCUGACUUCAAGGGGCGAGUUGAUUUUCGAGGAAGAAAAUUGUCUGGACGUAUCCAAGUCAUAUGCUGGUGCUCCUGUGGAGAUUCUUAAAUGUCACGGCAUGGGCGGCAAUCAGAAAUGGGAACACGAGAAGAAAAGCGGGAUCAUUAAGCAUUCAAGUACCGGCCAGUGUUUGGACCGAGGAGCAGAAGGCAGCCAGUAUGCUGUGAUGAACCCUUGUGACGGACGAGAUUCGCAGCGAUGGGUAUUUUCCAAGUACAAAGAAGCGUAACGAAUAGUACACUGUCCCCCAUCCUGACAGAUUUGUUUACCGCUAAGAACAACCAUAAAUAAUUAUAAAUAAUUGUUAGUUAGUUGUUUAUACGACCAAGUCGACUUAUAGCCUAACAUUAUUUAGAGAUCCGCCGAGCGCUUAGCUUUUUGAAAUUUCCGAUUCCUUUAACUUUUCGUGACACAUUUAUAUUGCGAGUUAAUCGUAGCAAUAACAAAAUGAGAAAAAGCUACUUAAGGUAGACGGUUUGCUCUGUCAGUUGCACUGUUAUGAACAUGUUAGAGUUCACACUGAAAAUUCAGAAAUUUAGUUUUGGGAAUUUUGUGGUUGAUGUGGCAAUGCUGGCUGAUAUGUGGGCAGCAUGACACAACACUCAGACUGCCAGAGUUAACGAUGUGAGGUGUCUAAGCUGGCUUUUUUUUAUCUGAUCAGAAACUUUUUUCAAUGCUCCGUACAAUUGUAAAGCUCCAGAGCGCAUUUCUAUUAACUGUCGUAAAUCUGAAGGCGACGUCAGGCACAUUUGAUCACGUGACUACCGAUAAUGAGAUAACCAAUCAGAUUCUUGAAGAAAGCGUGGGAAAACCACAGGAAUCUGCAUGUGACACAUUGCAAGUGCGGGAAAACGUGUCGCCGGUAGAAAGCGCGGGGAAGCGUACGUUGCGUAGUUAAGAUCAUUGAGAUCAUGGUUAGUUACUCAAUAUACAAUUGCUCUUGCCUGGUAUUCGAAAAUCACUCGGACUAGAACAAACGAAUUUAUCCCGGUCGGGGCGGUCAUAGAGAGGGAAACAAAACUCCCAUAGUUUCGCCCUCGACGAUUUACUAAAUACUAUUCGCGUCCAAGCUGUCACGCAAUGAAACAAAAUUUGGCUCUUCUUCGUAUACUUUAUUGUGAAUCCCGAAAAUGACGUUAAAACCCGCACUGCAGCGUAGACACGUGACGUCAUGUUGGCUCAUGAUGUCACGUUAGACAGUCAUGUUAGCUUCUGGUACAGACAUUUGCGUGACACCAGGAACACAGCAGUUGCCUGACUGAUCAGGUAAACUGUGGGAAAGUAGUGAUAUAAAAUAAUUUUUAAAAUGGAAGAAAAUAGAUUUUGUAAUGAUUUUCAUGUAUCGAUGCAAAUAUAUACAGAUUUUUAAUUAUUAUAGAUCAUUUCAUAUGAAAAACGCCGUUGUUGUACAUUUAAGAUAACAUGUUCACUGUUUUUUCUCUGUUUUUUGCAAAUGCGCCUUAUUGGAACUGACAUUUUGUGAACAUUACUCUUAAAUUAAUUCAGUUAGAUCUGCAUAUAUCCAAACGUAUCUAUUUAAUUCCAGGUUGUCAUUCCCAUUAUAUAUAUAUAUCUAAAAACAUGGGAUCCCACAACUUUUAUUUUGACUUUAAUGGGCCAUUUCGGAGUUGCCUUUGCCUCAUUAUCAAAACGAGUCUUUGUGCGAAACCAUUUAUAAGAAAAUUUGUUCCGCCUAUACGUUCAUUUUCGUGCAAAUUAAACUCAUUUUCCCAUGAAAGGUUUUACACAAGGGCUCGAUUUGAAACAGAGGCAUAAUAUCACUUGAGGUUAGAGAUAUUGUAUCUCGUCAAGGCCAUUUCAAGUCAUAUAAUUUAAGUUAAAGGCGUUUAGGUAUUAGUUCAGCGUUUCGAAAAUGCAAAAACACAAGUUGCCUUUCUUGAGGACUCCAACGACAGAAGAAUCCACGUUUCAAUCACGGCUUUAAGAAAAGCCUUGGGCUCCAGGCCCCAUAGUCAAAACUUCGGCGAUGCACAAACAUGCCUUCCGAGGGCCCUGAUGACUUUAAACUACUGACUUGUGUAACGCGCGCUAGUAAAACAGUUUUAAUGCCUGUUUCUACAAACGUAGGUAGGUUUAUACAGUAUAUUGGACACAAAUAUUGCAUAUGUAAAGAAAGUAGGGGUGUAUUUAGUAUAUUUAAGCUUGAGAGUAUCUUUGCGACCGCAUUCAGAAGCGAGUUAAGGUUUUUGUAUGGAAAUGUAAUGAGCGUCUUUCUCCUUUUGGUUUAUUGUGGUGCACAGGAGUCCGUGUUGGGGGCGUGACUGUGGCGUGACACGCGUGACUAUAGUCCUGUGAUCAGCCACUCAUGUGAACUUUGGUGCCUCGUGGCGAACACAGACAAAUUUGACGACACGUUGUAAAGCUAAAACCGAACUGAACAUUAAAAGUUUUGUUGUAGUUUGAGCCCGAAGCCCUCUGAUUUUAUUGUCAUCGGAACUCAACAAAUACAACUGCUUGGAAUACUGUUAUGUUUCGAAAGAUUCCUAAUGCUGCUUUUGCAAUUUCUUAGGAUGAGUACAAUCAGAUAUGAUUUUGAAAUGAAACUUCUCGGACGAAACUUCAUAUCUGUUUUUGUCAUAUAGAGAGAUAUUAAACCGUUAAAACUUGUUUAAAAGAAUUUUGAUGCCAAGUUGAAGUCGUUAUUUUUCGCAACGAAAGUUCGUAGGUACUUCAACCUCUCCUCUCCAGGAUCCAUUCGGCUGUCGUUUCCAAGAUGGCGGCCACGUUUGCGCGGCGUGCGGCCGCCAUCUUGAAUGUAGACGCCCGAGGGCAUGUUAUCAAUAGGGCCAAUUUCGAUAUAUGAAAAUUCAGCCUAACACAAAAGGCCUUAGCACGAGUCUCCGGGAAAUAACUACAGGGUUUGUGUUGUUUAUUCCGGGGAAAAGUUACAGAGUUAGUGGGGUUUAUUCCCCGGGGCCUCGUGCUGAGGUCUAUUGUUGUAGACUGAAUUUUAAUAUAUCGAAACUGGGCUAUUAGUAUAGGAGAGUCUUUUUGUAUAGAGACUUAAUCAUUUUUAUAGCGAUUGGGAAUAACCAACAGAUUCAUGAUAAUAAAGAACUCUUUUAUUUGA